AUGAUUGACGCCAACGCUGCAGCUCCCCGUGUGCCGACGCGCCAGGAAAUGGUGGAUGCCAAGCUGCCUCUGCACUACCGUGAUACAUGCGCUGGUCUGCUGAUCCCGCUGAACGAGUGCCGACGGGCCACGUUUUUCCUCCCGUGGAAGUGCCAGGACUUGCGUCACGCCUACGAGAAAUGCCAGUACGAGGAGUGGAAGACCCGCGUGGAGCAUCUUAAGAACCAGGACUAA